AAGUCAGAGUCAGCUGUUAUCAAGCGGCCUGACUCACGCUGGGCCGCGGGGGAGGAUAAGACAAGGGUUCAGGGUCUCGUGUGGUCUCGUGCCUCUACGUGCCGCCUCUGCCGCCCAUAAUUAGACCCUGUGGAGGCAGCACAAGAAGGAAACAUCACUCGGGGCGCCGCGGAACACAGUGAACACGAUGAGAGGACUGGCGGUGAUGGUGGUGGUGGUGGGCGUACUGGGAGCUGCUUCCGCCCUCCCCUCCAGAGUCCUUACCAACCCUGAGGUCAACCCAGGGUGUGACGUGGAUUGCGAGGAGCCAUGGGUGGUGAUGACAGCAGGCAUGACCACCGACAGCACCUUAUUCCACCUCUGGGGUGCCAAGGAGGCCCUGAGUUUCCUUGUGGUGGCAGCAACGGGUGGACUAGAUGCAAACAUUACCGUGGACUGGGCUGCCCUCCGUAAUGGGUCCGCGGGCUCCAUCACGUUCCCUAGCAAGCCGUCUCAUGUGUUUGGCUUUGUGAUUCCUAGUCUUAUCCUGUACAACGAUGCGGAUGAUGCCGGAGCCUUUAAAAACCAGAAUGAAUCGGUAAGGGUGCCAGUGUCGGACUUCACCUGGAGCGCACAGACACUGCCCGAAUCUGACCAUGAGGCGGCGGUACUCCUGCAGACCACUCACUUCCAAGGCAACGUCCUCCCCAACGACACAAGGCUACUGAUACAGGUGGCAGCGUACGGUGAGGACGGCCGGAGCACUGUCUUGCCCCACCUCCUGCGCACCCCAGACUCGGCCCAGCUUGAUCUCGUCCUCGACAACUUCAACCUCAACAUCAGUGAGGAGACUCAGACGUGGAAGGAGGCUCGCUGGGGCAUGGACGUGGUGGUGUUCAGCUCCGAGCAUAACACAACCGAGGAGGAUGCUGAAAUUAAGUUCCUCACCCAGAAGUCCCUUGACGAUGAGCACACUCCCGGGGUCUUCAACCUGGACCAAAUAAGCACCACUGGAGCACGGACCGGGGCCAAGGGUGGGGGAUACCUGCAGUGGCGUCCUGUUAGUUACCUCACUUCAGACAGAGACAUCAACGAGGCCACCACCCCAAACAUCAACACCUCCCUGCCCCAACUUGACAGCCUCACGGACCCCCUCAAGGCAUCACUGGCCUAUGCCGUACUGGGGGAUAAUUUGACACUACCCGGAGGUGCAGUCACCACGGUCAUCAGCUUCGGGCAGUCCAAAGAUAAAUUCUACACUGCCGAGAACUACACUACCUGGACGGUGGCGCUGGGUGAGGGUUCGCCCCCUGAGGAGACGUUCUCGACCCUGAUAGUGGUGAUCAUCUGCAUCGGCGUGGCGCUCCCAACCAUCAUGCUCCUGGGCGGCUGUGUGGCGUUGGGUGUUCGCCGCUACCGCCGCCGCUCAGCCAAUAGCCUCCUCGCGCACCAGGAGUGAGAGAUGAGACGUCCGUGUUCUUGAUAAUUGAGGUAGAAUGUGAUGAAGGAAAAAGACACACACACACACACACACACACACACACACACACACACUCCCCUCUUCUCUACCUUUCCAUUCAACAGUGUUCCAUUUUUUACUUCCUCUCUAUUCUACUUCCCUUCCUUCCUCUUCCUCUCCUCCCCACACUCACACACAUUCACCUCUCCUCUACUUUUCCCUUUCCUUUCCAUUCAACAGCUUUCCUCUAACGUCCUCUCUGCCCUACUUCCCUUCUUUUCUCUCUUUUUCCCCCCCACACACACAUACAUUCACCUCUCCUCUACUUUUCCCUUGCUCUCUCCUUUCCCUUUAACAGUAUUCCAUUUCUCACCUCCUCUCCUUCUUUACUUCCCUUCUUUCCUCUCACACACACACACACACACACACACACACACACACACACACACACACACACACAUUCCAUUUAAGUCAGUAGAAUUUAGUUAUUUUUAUGCCCUCGUAGAUAUUCUUACUUUUAAUAGUUUUUAGUCGUAUUAUUGGAGUUUACUUUUGAGUCAGUGUUUGCGGUUCAGAGCCAGUCAGGUUUUUAUACAGGGAACAUCGAUUUCUUGGUAUGAGUUCAAUGUUAUCGAUUUAAUUCAGCAUUCACAAUUAUAAAUAUCAGAGUUUUUAUGCAAGUAUUUUAAGGCUAAUUGAAUGUGAUGGCAGGAUAGUUUCACACCAUGACCACAAUGUUCUGUUUUUAUAACCACUACCUUGCUAAUGGCGUAGAACCUCAUCAGUUUAAUUUGGCAUCCACAACUAUGAAUACGAUAAUUUUAAUGCGAUUUUUUAAGGGUACUUGAAUGUGAUGGCAGGAUAGUUUCACACCACAACCAUGCUAUUCUAUUUUUAUAACCACUACCUUCCAUAUACCAUAGAAGAAAGUAUAAAUUCAUCUAUAAAUUAACACACAUUCAACUCUUCUAAAUGCUUUGUUAUGAGACUGUUGAAUGUUAAAGUUUGCAAAAUCUAUACUCGGUACCAUAUCCCUAAUAAAUGCCAAAAUUGUAGGUAAGGUCAAGUAUAUUUUAUUGAAAGUUUACAGAGUUUAUAGUUGGUACCACAUCCCUAAUAAAUGCCAAAGUAGUAGGUUAGGUCAAGUAUAUUUUAUUGAAAGUUGAACAAUGCAGAAGAACACCUCAGACAGCAUGCACACUCAUCUCCUUUGUGCACACUGUUAUUGAGCUCAUGUUCCUGACGGCCUGGCGGACUGCAAAGGGUGGAACUUAUUUGUAACUGGAAGCCGUGCUCGUGUAUCAAUUACCUCAACCUCUCCCUGCCCCGCCAGACACACUCCCACGACUCUUUUAUUGUGUUCUCUCACCCCCCACCCCAACCGUCACCUCCAACCUCUAAAUUCCACCCCCAGUCCACAGCCUCCUUCCCCAACCCCACCACCCUUCACCUCAACUCAUAAUCUCUACCUCCAAUUUCACUUCCAACUUAAUCCCACAAUCUUUAACCCCGAACCCCAACCAUCACCUCCAACCUCUAAAUUCCACCCCCACUCCACAACCUUCUUCCCCAACUCUACCACUGCGAUUGGCACGGAUUUGGCUUUCACUGGUAGCCUGGUAACAUAUACUCCCAGGUCUUUCUCUGCCUCUGUGGUGGAUAGUGGAGUGUUUCCCAUGUGGUAUUGGUAUGCUGGGUAUCCCCUCCCAAGGUGCAGGACUUUACAUUUUUUCUUCAUUGAGUUGUAGCAGCCACUUUUUGUUCCAUUCCUGUAGCUUGGUGAUGUCUUCUUGUAGGAAAUCCGCAGUCAGGGGGUUAAAUAACAUUAGAAAUCAUGAUGUACGUCAGUUUACUGUGAUGAAGUGCUUUGUGUUAAUCUCAAGCAACAACACUGCAUUUUAAGACUUAUUUAAUGCAGCCUCUCAGGGAAUCGAUGUUUUGUUGUACAUUUACCUGAGUAGAAGGCACUGUGUUAAUUUUAGAGUAUCAAGUUUUUACUGAAGGCUGCAUAAUUUAGCACCUGACCUAAUUUUAUGAGUGAAAUUGAUAUAUAAAUACUCAUAAUAUAUAUUGUAUGUGGGGAUUUUCUGUAGUUUUAAAAAGAAGAUAUGCAUUAUACAUAUUUAUUGUAGGUUGAGAAAAUUUUAUGCGUGAGUGCUUAGUUAUAUUUAUCAACCUGUCUUUCUACAUGUCAGUAUUUUAUCUACCGAUCUAUAUGUAACUUAGCCUCUCUGUCUGUCUCUCUAUCCUUUUUUUUUAUAUAUAUUAUUUAUACAAUAUUCAAUGCAAAUUCGAAUUAAAAUAUGUAAUUAUCAGUAUUUAUUAAAUGUGGACAUGUGUAGAACUAAUAAGCUAAAUCAACAUUCUCUAAUAUAGUGCAGUGCAUAAUUUUGCAUUUCGGACUAUGAGUGAAUAAAAAAUGUAUCAUAAUUGAUACAUUUAAUUGCACUAACAUCUCCAAGUCAUUGAGAAAUCUUGCAAGUCCUCGUAGUGUCUCCCACACACACACACACACACACACCACCACCACCACCACCACCACCACCACCACCACCACCACACACACACACACACCACCACCACCACCACCACCACCACACACACACACACACACACCACCAAGGCUACAAACAGCGCCGUGCUGCCCGCGCCAUGACGAUUUCUCUUUGAACUGGUAAUUACAUAGUGGUUAUUCUGGCCAGAACACUUGAUUUGCAUUGAAUGUUGUAAAAAGUUCAUCAUGUGAAGAUUUUAACGAUGUUUUGUUCAGCAUAGAUGCCUUAUAUCAGUGCAAAAGUUUCAUGUUACAAUUUGUAGCAGUUUUUCAAAUCCAAAAGUUUUAUUAUAAAGGAAUGCAUUUGACAUGACUCAGAAAUAAGUAGUAUGGGUAUCAUUUAUUAUAACAGCGGUGUAGUCCAGACAAUAAGCUCACUUAGCUCAGCCGGAGAAGGGCGAGGAGCUCACGACACUAAUAUACUGUAUAUUUGAAACACAUGGAGGGCUACUGCUGUGGUUUGAAAAGAGAGCCUGCAGUGAACAGUGGCCUCAGUGAUGUUGGUUGUUGAAUAAAAAUAUUUUCCUAU